GUCUGGUGAUGUUCAAAAUCAAGGAGGUGGCACCCAUCCCCGGCAAAACGGACUUCUGGAAAUCCGCGGUCCGUGCACAACGCAUGCACCACUCAGGCCAAACCCAACGAGCUCGGGACUACCACGACACACACACGUCCGGUGACAUUAUCCGCAACACCCAGGACAGCAAGUGUGAUCUUGCGGACGAACAUGUCAGUAUCCAUGACAACGGUUCAACGCUGCGACAAAGGCCCGUCCCAGCCGGUGGGCCGUCUUUCAGGGGUGGUAUAUUGGAUCUGCCUCUGCGCUCAGCUGCCGUUGGUACGGGCGCGUCAGUACCCGACGAAGUGUAUGGGACCAAUCUCGGGGCGUUAAUGGCCUUUAGACCUCCGGCGGAAGAUCAGGAGCAUUUGAAUAUGCUGCACAGGCACGUGAGUGAGUCUAUGGCCCAGAGCGAGGUUAACCAUGGAGUGGUCAGGCGGCAACUGCCCCAGACGUACUAUCCCAGUGUGCAGGAUAUGUGGCAUCCUCCAAGGAGUUAG